CUAGAAUCCAUCAACCAGGAUGUUUGAUGACGAUGACGAUGAUGUGGACCCGGGAUUCAAUGUUGUUGAUAAAUAUCACUUUGAGGAUGGCGAUGGCGACCCUGUUUGUUUCAGUGUUUUGCCUCUGAAGUUCGGUGAGAUUGGUGAAGUAGCACGUCUUGAUUCCAAGAAGGUUCAUUUGCAAGGGCUUGCGGACGGUCUCCUCCUUAAGGUGCACAAAGAGGUAGUGGCUUGGAGGGUUGGACUUGACAAUGAGCAGCCAAAGAUCUUGGCGCUUUCAAGUGAGGGCAAGUGGAUAGAAUUGUUGAAACCACGGAAAUGCUACGAGAAUACUGUUCGAUCUAUAUUGAUCACGGUUCAGAUGCUCCACUUUGUAAGGAGGUGGCCUAGAAAACGAAAGACAAGCCUUUUGGAUCACCUGUCUGAAGUUUUCAGUAAAUUUGACAUCAAGCCUUCUGAAUAUGACUUAAAGAAGCACCGUUCCAUAAUCAAGCUGUUUGCAGAGAAGGAUCCGACCUUGAUGAAGUCAAAGAUUCUUCAAAUGUUUACUGAGAAUACCUCCAGGAACAUCAGAGAGGCCGUGCGUACCAAAAAGCCGACUGUUAUGAGCAGUAGUGACGACGAAGAAGACUUGGACAAUGAUAGUGAUGAUGAUUACACUGGCCAAGAAGACAAACGUGAUGCUGAUUAUAGCUGUGAUGAUGACGAUAGUGAUGAUCAAGACAAUGAUGAUGACAAGAGCAAUGAUGAUUACAGCUGCAAUGAUGACGAUAGUGAUGAUGAUGGUGAUAUUGGCAAUGUUGGUGAUGAUGAUGGUGAAGCUGGUACUGAUAACUUAUGUGCGAUAUGUGACAAUGGAGGGAAAUUGCUAAGCUGUGUAGGACAAUGCAAAAGGGCCUUUCAUCCCAGAGAGAAAGAUGGAACAGAAUCUAAUUGUGAAACUCUUGGUUUAACUACUGCACAGCUAAAGGAAAUUGAUCAUUAUCUGUGCAAGAAUUGUGAAUAUAAGCAACACCAAUGUUUCAGCUGUGGAGAUCUUGAGCCAUCUGAUGGGCCAAAUGCUAAGGUGUUCCAAUGCUAUAAAGCAUCUUGUGGGCACUUCUACCACCCCAGUUGUAUUGCCAAAUUACUUGAGCCAGAUGACACUGAUGGAGCUUGUAUGUUGGAGAAAAAGAUUGCUGCCGGUAUGUCAUUUACAUGUCCGGCACACUGGUGCUCUAAAUGUGGAAAGAUGGAAGACAGCGCUAAAAUAGCACAAUGGCUUGCGGUCUGCAGACGUUGUCCAGUGUCAUAUCACAAAAAGUGUUUGCCAAGCGACAUUUCCUUUGAGAGCAAGCGUGGCAGAAGAAUACGUGCUUGGCAGCUGGAUGAUAAAAGGGUUAUCAUUUACUGUGGAUACCAUAAACUAGAAAAAACUACUGGAACACCUCGCAGAGACCAUGUAAAGUUACCUUCUAUUACCGAAACGGACACCAUUGGAUCACAUUGCAUGGACCAUACACCUUCUGUUGCAGAAAUUGAUAGAACAAGAGAUCUUUCUAAGAAGAAAGCAAAAGUGACUGGUAAAAGGAAAUUGAACACCGAUCAAGGCUCAACAGGAACUACGGAGAUGUCAAACAAGCUAUGCAGAGAAGAAGCCGACCAAACCCAAAAAGUAGCUACGAGUAACUCAAGGGAACAUAUUAGUCGAGAAGGGAGAGGCGUUCUCAAGAAUGACACCACCCAUUUAAGUCUGGCGCACAAUGAUGAGCAGAACAACUACAUUGCGGAAGGAGAGGCUGAAGGUGAUAAAAACAACACCAAAUCUGGAAAAGAGAAAGAGACUCAUAGGGUAGAAAAUGCAUAUGAACAUGACUUGAUUCUUGAAAAGGAGAAGAUUCCUGAGAAGGGAAGUAUUAAAUCUGGUUUAACUAUUGGGGGGUUUGCAUCAGGGCAUGUUGAUGGCCGCUCUCGAGAAAAGCUUGCACAUGUGAAGACAACUACUUCAAACAGAAUAGGUACCCAGCAAGACUCUGAAUGGGAUGGUGACCAACAAGUUGAUAGAAGCUAUGCGGGCAAGCAGGAGCUAAACAAUCCCCAGUGCAAUGGUACUCACAAAGCAACAGAAAUAGAUACUUCAGGUGACAAAUCAAGAAUGAGUCAGGAACACAAGGAACAGGCAGCUGAUUGUAAGAUUUUGAACUUGGAAAGGAACAGAGAAUUUUUUUACAUAAAAACUGAAAGAGAUGAUUGUCGCAAAGCUCAAGAUCCUCAGUGUCUUCAUAAUCACGAACCGGAUGCUCUGGAUUACAAGUUGAGAAGCCGUGAUCUCGGUAGUUCUUCCACAUCAAAAAGUCAUCCUCGGCAUAAUGAUGAUCAGAGCGCUUCAAAGACUGAACUCAGAUCCAGAGACGGUAGGGGACCAGGUAGAAAAGAGUGGAGGAGUAAUAUGGGAGUGAAUUCUUAUAGGGGCAAUUCACCCUCGGAGAGAAGACACCCUCAAAAGAAAUCGAGGGUCAAUUCUCCGGAAGGUCGAAGAAUGGACUAUGAUAACUAUCAUCCUAGAAGCAACGACCAACACAAUCGUCGUGAGGAUUAUUCCAGUGAUGUUGAUGGUUAUAGGAGGAGGCAGAAUCGUCGUGAGGAUUAUUCCAGUGAUGGUGGUGGUGAUAGGAGGAGGUCGAGUCGUCGUGAGGAUUAUUUAAGUGAUGGUGGUGGUGAUAGGAGGAGGCCGAAUCAUCGUGAGGAUUAUUCCAGUGAUGGUGGUGGUGAUAGGAGGAGGUCGAGUCGUCGUGAUGAUUAUUUCAGUGAUGGUGGUGGUGAUAGGAGGAGGCCGAAUUGUCGUGAGGAUUAUUCCAGUGAUGGUGGUGGUGAUAGGAGGUCGAGUCGUCGUGAGGAUUAUUUCAGUGAUGGUGGUGGUGAUAGGAGGAGGCCGAAUUGUCGUGAGGAUUAUUCCAGUGAUGGUGGUGGUGAUAGGAGGAUGUUGAGUCACCGUGAGGAUUAUUGCGGUGACGGUGAUGCUGGUAGAAGCAGGCCGGGUCCCCGGCACAGUGAUGGUGAUGUUGGUAGAAGGAGGCUUAGUCCCCGGCAAUCAGAAUUUUCUCCUCCUGCUUCAUAUCCGACAAGAACGGAGUAUGGUGGUCACAGAAGGCAUGAUCCCCCUUCAUAUGAUGGAAGGCAUGACCCUUAUAUGAACUCAAGAGAAUCAGAACAUGUAAAUUAUGCAAUGGACCAACGAGGCGUUCCCUUCCAUGGUAAUCCACCCAAUGUCCAGUAUCAUGAAUACACCGAUCUCGAGUAUGGCAGACACAACACUGCUCCUGUUGAUAGGUAUCCUCUCCAAGAGGACUCUACUGGAUUCUAUGGUGGGCAUUUCAGCGAUUACGGAGAGGGAUCAGGUUAUCGACAAAGGAACAGAUUAAACCCGGAAGAUAGGGAUUUGUCUUGUGGUCCGGUUACGGAAAAGUAUGCCCUACGCCUUGACCGAACGAACCAUCAUCCAGUAAGAAGGCAAGGCGGACUUCCGGAUGCAGGCUUCUCGCGUGAUGCUUGGUGAGACGAGUACCUAUGUAGAUGAGCCCUCCUGCCAGGUAGGUUGCUAAUGUUGUGAUUCUUGUCCCAGUCAGCCUAAAAGCCCUGCAGGAAAAUCAGCUGUUAAACCU